AUGGGCAUGCCUCAAAGGAAAAGAUUACGUACUACAGUCACUGAUAAUCAGAAAUCUGAUCUCUUUGAUCAGUUACCAGACGAUCUUGUUCUUUAUAUUCUUUGCAAGCUUAGCUCUUCUGCCUCUUGCCCAUCAGAUUUUAUUAACAUUCUUAUCACAUGUAAAAGAUUAAAGCGGUUGGCUCUCAAUCCUUUGGUUUUGUCGAAAGCUGGAGUUAAAACGUUUGCCAUAAAAGCAAAACGUUGGUCAGAUUCGGCUCACCAGUUUUUAGAACGUUGUGUUGACGCAGGCAACAGAGAAGCCUUAUACACUUUAGGAAUGAUCCGAUUUUAUUGCUUACAAAACCGGGGAAAUGGAGCUUCUUUCAUGGCAAAAGCCGCUAUCAAAUCUCACGCCUUGGCUCUGUAUUCUCUUGCUGUCAUACAAUUUAACGGCAGUGGAGGCUCCAAAAACAAUAAAAAUCUCCGAGCCGGGGUGGCUUUGUGUGCUCGAGCUGCUGUUUUGGGUCAUAUCGAUGCGCUUCGGGAGCUCGGCCAUUGCCUUCAAGAUGGUUACGGCGUCCUUCAAAAUAUUGUUGAGGGACGCCGGUUGUUAGUCCAAGCUAAUGCAAAGGAGCUCACAUUAUCCUUACGUUCCAUGCUGACAUGGAAACCCCAACAACAACAACAACAACAGGCAGAGGAACAACAAAAUCUCCAUUUUGCUUGUACGGUGAUGGGUACUACUUCUAUUACGGGAUGUUCACUGCUAAGUGAUUUCGGAUGUAACGUGCCGGCCCGAGAGGUGCACCCAGUGAACGAGUUUUUGAAAGAAUGGUUCGAGUCAGGAAUUGGGGUGUUACAUCCUGGUUUGAGGCUAUGUUCGCAUAGUGGGUGUGGGAGGCCAGAGACAAGACCGCAUGAGUUUCGCCGGUGUUCGGUUUGCAGCACGGUGAAUUAUUGUUCGAGAGGGUGUCAAGCACAGGAUUGGAAGUUAAGGCAUAAAGUGGAAUGUGUACCGACGGAGCAAUGGCAAGAAGUGUUGGAAGAUGGAGAUCAUGGGAUUGGAGGAAUGGUGGAAAUGGAGGAAGGCGAAGAUGUGGCUGUUGUUUAA